AUUAGCUUUAUUCGUAAACAUUUAUAUUUGAGUCUUCUUAUAUUUUAGGAUUGGCAACUAAAAACGUUGAGCGUUUGGAGCAGAGGAGUAGUUCAUAAACACGGAGGUCUCCUUGUUUCCACUCGGAAGCGAAACGCGAGAGGAGUUUUGGCUACACAAAUUGUUGUGAGGUCUUCCUGCCGAGGCUGUUUUGACAAAAUGAGCGGAUUUAAACCAUUUCUGAGCUCAACACUCAUCUUCCUGCUGGCGGAGUGCUGCCUGGUCGGCUGUGAUAUCACGGACGGAAACGCGGAAUAUCUGAAGAGGGAGCACUCUCUGACGAAGCCUUACCAAGGUGUUGGCAGUCAGUGGGAUUUCUGGGGAAGCACGUUGGUGACGAGCUCAUAUGUCCGACUUACUCCAGAUGAGAGAAGCAAGCAGGGAUCCAUAUGGAACACAGUGCCUUGUCACCUGAAGGACUGGGAGAUGCACGUACAGUUUAAAGUUCACGGAUCGGGGAAGAAGAAUCUCCACGGGGACGGUGUCGCGAUCUGGUACACGAAGGACAGACUGCAUCCAGGGCCUGUGUUUUCCAACAAUGCUCACUUCCACGGGCUGGCCGUUUUUAUAGAUACUUACUCUAACGAUGAUUCAACAGACCGCUCCUUCCCUUACAUCUCGGCCAUGGUAAACAACGGCACAGUGAGUUAUGAUCACGGGAAAGAUGGCCGCUCGUCGGAGCUGGGAGGCUGCUCUGCGGACAUUCGAAACAGAGACUUUGACACGUACCUUGCUGUUCGCUACUCCAGAGGAAGACUGACUGUGAUGGUCGACGUGGACGACAAGAACGAGUGGAAGGAGUGCAUCGACAUUGGAGGUGUUCGCCUCCCUACCGGGUAUUUCUUUGGUGCAUCAGCAGCAACUGGAGAUCUCUCAGAUAAUCAUGACAUCAUCUCUAUGAAGCUCUACCAGCUGAUGGUGGACCACGCCGAUGAUGAAGAGAACUUGGACUGGACUAAAAUUGAGCCUAGUGUCAGCCUUUUCAAGUCCCCCAAAGACAACAUCGAUGACCCAACUGGAAACUUCCGUGGUACGCCCCUCACAGGUUGGAAGAUGUUCCUGCUGCUGCUGUGUGGUCUGCUGGGAAUCAUCGUGUGCGCAGUGGUGGGAGCUGUGGUUUUCCAGAAGAGACAGGAGAGAAACAAGAGGUUCUACUGAGCAGAAAACAGAACCUUGUCACAGAGGCGGAGCUCCGUUGUGGAAUGGACUGUUCCCAGAUGUCAGAACGAGCACAUUCAAUGUGAACUUUUUACCCAAGAUUGUACAAAACUUUUUAAAGCACUGCGUUACGAGUGAAUCUUGGUGGUGAGGAGGUGGAGGACGAGUGGCACCGUCAUCAGUGGCCCUGAAUGCUGGUUUUUGUGUUCUUGUUUUGUUUUUAUUUUUUUUAUUUCAGGGUUAUGGUGGAUAUAAACGUGGAAUUGGGUCUGCAGUUUGUUACUACCGGCCUGCUGGUUAAUAUGGUGUCUCCAGCCCCUUUGGGGAAUGGUGAAUGAUUUUUUUUUUUCUUUUUAUUACUCCUGUCUUCCAACUUUUUACUUAUUUUUUCAAAAAAUAGCUGUGCCAGGUGAGAAAAAAAUAUUAAUUGAAAAUUAGAAAUCUAAUUUGUUAACCUGAAACCCUGAUCUAGGUGAAAAGAAUUUGCUUGUUGAGAUUAUUGUUUUGCAUUCAUGCCGUUUUCUUUCUGAAAAGCAGGAAAUCGGAAUAUUCUUUAAAGUUUAUAGUUUGUGUUUUGUUUCAUGUGUUUCUGAGUUGGAACUAACUCUGGGAUUCUGAUGUGUUUUUUUGUUUUUUUUGCGUUUUAGAGUCAAAAGGUGGUUUUCGUUUUAGCAAGGUCUGCAGCGCUUGUUCUCUUGUUUCGUAUGUUUCAAUCUUAAUGUCAGAAAGAGAUACAGUUAUGGCAGCGUCUAAUAACACUUUACUCACUGGAAAAAAAUUAAUCAAGAUAAAUAAAAGGAGGAUCAAGUAAACAUCUGAUUUAUAUUUGAUCAAAACUUAAAAAAUAAUUAGAGCUGCUGUCAGUUUGUGAUAAUCACACACAUCUCAUCAUUUGAUCUCUUCAGUUUGCCUGUGCUAACAGAUUAAAAAAGGCACGUGUGCUUUGAAGCUAUUUGAUUUAAUUUAAUGUGUAUGACCGUGUGUUGGCUGUGAUUUACUGACUUCUUUUUUUUAUAUGGAAAUGAGAUGAAUCAGUGUUUGGAUUGGUUUCCAAUGUUGCUAAUCUUUUCUUUUUGUAACAGGGCUGAAAAAAAAAUGAUUUAGAGAGUUUUGAGUAGUUUUGUCUUUUUUUAAAAAAGGCUUUUUGAUUUAAAACUGUUAUAAAGAUUAGCUAUUGUGAAGUCUCAUACUGGAUCCAAAUGUUUUUUUUUUUUUUUUUCUUCAUUUAAGUCUGUUUCUUCAUUGUUAUGUACUUGUCUUCAGCCAGCAAAGCAAAAUUUUUUGUGCUGAUUUCAUUAGACACAAAAAACAAAACUGCAUUCACUAUCACAAGUGACCUCGACAGUGUUAAUUCUGAACGUCCAGCUAAAUGGAGGAUAAAUUAAGGAUUUAAUGUUGCAUUCUACAAUGUUAAAGCUCAUAAUGUCUACAUCUUUUAUUUUACCUCCAAAUACUUUUCCGGCCACGUCAGCUUGGUUUGUGCUGAAACUUGAAGCAGUUCCACUCAUCAGAAAUAAUGAAUAAAAAUUAUGAAACUG